GACGACCGGUGAUAGAUCGACCUCCUCCUCCCCUCUCCCUCUCCCCCACUAGUCCGUCCCACUCUCCUCCGCGGCCAUGGAUCCGGCCCCCGAUCCGCCCGCCGCCGACGAGGCCCUGGCGGCGCUGUCCCUCCGCGGCGCCGACCUGCCGGCGGACUUCGCCUCCGCCGGCGGCGGCCACGAGAUCGCCGAGGAGGAGGACGAGGACGACGAGGGGUACGUGACGGCCGCGUCCAGGGGCGGGAGCAGCACGGCCGCGUCCCGGCGGAGGGAGGAGUUCGAGGGGCUCGAGGAGGAGGAGGAGGACGCCUACGGCGACGCCGGCCCGCCCAGCCCCAGCAGCAGCGGCUACGCCGGCGAGCGGGGCAGCAGCGUCGCCUCCAGCGCCGGCGCCGGCGGCGGCAUCGAGGAGGCCGAGCCCGACCCCGCCCCACCCCUCGCCCCCGGCGCCGAGGACUGGGCCCGCGGCAAGAAGCACGCCGACGAGGAUGAUGGUUCAGCUUCAUGGAGGAAGAGAAAGAAGCAUUUCUUCAUUCUGAGCAACUCCGGCAAGCCGAUAUACUCUAGGUAUGGAGAUGAGCACAGGUUAGCUGGGUUUUCUGCUACACUGCAAGCGAUUGUUUCUUUUGUGGAGAACAGUGGUGAUCAUAUCAAAUUUGUGAGAGCUGGAAAACAUCAGAUAGUUUUCCUUGUCAAAGGUCCCAUAUAUUUAGUUUGUAUAAGUUGCACUGAAGAGACGUUUGAAGGAUUGAGGGGCCAACUAGAGCUCAUGUAUGGUCAGAUGUUGCUUAUAUUGACAAAGUCGGUCAAUAGGUGCUUUGAGAAGAAUCCUAAAUUUGACAUGGCACCACUUCUAGGUGGCACAGAUGCGGUUUUCCUAUGUCUUAUACGCGCAUUCAGCUGGAAUCCUGCUACAUUUCUUCAUGCAUACACAUGCCUUCCCCUUGCCCAAUCAACAAGACAGGCUGCUAGCGCAGUUUUGCAGGACAUUGCUGAUUCGGGAGUUCUGUUUGCACUGUUGAUGUGUGAUCACAAGGUUAUUAGUCUUGUGGGAGCACAAAAGGCAACUUUGCAUCCUGAUGAUAUAUUACUACUUGCAAAUUUCAUAUUGUCCUCCGAAUCUUUUAGGACUUCGGAGUCUUUUUCACCCAUAUGCUUGCCAAGAUACAAUCCUAUGGCCUUCCUAUACGCUUAUGUUCAUUUUUUUGAUGAAAAUACUUACUUGACUCUUCUUACUCCGAGAUCAGAUGCCUUCUUUGAUUUGAAAGAUUCAAGGGCCCGCAUUCAGGAUGUUCUAUUGAAAUCAAAUGUCCUUCUCGAAGUCCAAAGGUCUUUACAUGAGAAUGUUCUGCGUGUUGAAGAUGUCCCCAUUGAUCCUACUUCUCAAUCUACAUCAGCUCCUGCACAGUCUUCUCAAGGCCUAAAUUCCCAACCAUUGUCUUCUGAUGAGGCAAUUGGUGGACCAGCUGGACUUUGGCAUUUUAUAUACAAAAGUGUCUACCUUGACCAGUAUGUAUCGUCUGAGGUUGCCUUGCCCAUAAGAAAUCCCAAGCAACAAAAGAGAUUGUACAAGGCUUAUCAAAAGGUUUAUGCUUCCAUGCAUGAUAAAGCAACUGGUCCGCACAAAACUCAAUUCAGAAGAACUGAGGAUUAUGUUAUGUUGAGCUGGAUAACCCAGGAUUUUGAGCUGUAUGCAGCCUUCAGCCCACUGGCGGACAAGACCCAAGCGAUCAAGAUAUGCAACAGAGUAUGCCAGUGGAUCAGGGAUUUAGAGGACAGAGUGUUCAUAUACGGAGAAAGCACCAUUGCCUGGUGAUAUUUUGUCUUGUAUGUAAAUUCAUGUACUUUUUCUUUUGCCUCUUCCGUUGAAUGAUUUCAUGAUUCAUGUACUUAUCAUACCGACACAGGCAAUACCAUCACUGUUGGGGAGAUGUAUGAGGUUUGUCUCUGUAACAUUCACAAAUGUGGUCUGUUUUAUUCAUGAUGAUCAUUGUUCAAGACAA